UCCCUACAAUGAAGAAUCUGCGGGAGAUCUGCUGACUUGACAAAACUUUACAAGGAAGCUUGUGGGUUCCCACGGGAAGCUGCAUGAAGAUUAAAUGGCCAGAGAAACUUUGUCGGAAUUGCGGUUGACCAUGGAUGAUAAACUGGAGGAGAUCUUUGGGGAUGAUGUGGAGGGAGGAAACUCCAUAGAAGUUUAUGAUGAAAUGGUCACGGCCUUGGCUGGAAGUAUUUAUUCUGAACUUGAGAAACUGGUAGCGGCCUAUGGACAAGAGACAGUAACAGGCCUGAUGCCAUUAAUGGUGUCCGUGUUGGAAAGUUUAGAAUCCACGUCUGCCAGGGCUCGGGAGAGAGAGGACCAACUGGAUCUGCUGCAGGAAGAUAAUCAAAGGCUGCUGAUCCAGUAUGAAAGGGAGCGUGAUGGAAGAAAACGAGCUGAAGAGAGAUGCAUGGAAAUGGAAGAUGGCAUUGAACAGGAAAGGAAGCUUUUCAAAGUAAAUAUGCUAAACCUGGAAGCCCAGACUAAAAACAUGGAGAUGAAAGCACGAAGCUGUGCAGACCAGAUCCUUAGUUUGGAGGAGCAGAAGACCCUGCUGAAUAAGGAACUGACCUCCCUUACCCUAGUCCAUGCCAAGGUACUGAAGAGCUUGAAAGAAUUAAGGUACCAAAGAUCUCUUUCAUCAGAAGCUGUUCGACUUUCUGGUCGGAACACUCCCUUGCAUGGCAUAGAAAAGAAAAUGCUGCUGCUUGAUUUCCAGGAAGCUCCAUCGUCUCUAGAGAGUAUUUCAGACAGUGGAGGCCCAGAAAUCCCUAAUAAUGAAAAGGUUCUGCCUGAAGAGAGUAAACCUACAAGCACAGAGACGGGUUCUCCAACUUGCGCAGACCUUUUGCCUAAUAAAGUGCCAGACCUUUCGCUGAAAGAUGAGCUGCAACCACAAGAUGGAUUCAGAGACAAGGACCCAGGGACCCCUAAGCCUGAAGCACUGUCUGUGGUUGAUGACAUCAUUAAUUCCACCCCGGAGCUGAAGCUAAAUUCUGAACCAUUAGAAGCAAGUGAGCCUUUAGAUCAACCUGCGCCAGAUCAGGAGGAGAUCGAACGUAACAAUGACUCGCUUUUUGAUGAGAUGUGUGGAACGAGUCCAGAGUUUAUUAUAGAUGUGGAUGAUGGUGCUGACUUGCAAGGUGUUGGAAAUCAUGUAGAUGCUCUUAUGGACGAGAAUGCACAGCUCAGAGAUGCACAGAAUGAAGUUGAUAUGGCUAGGAAGAGCCUGAUUGCAAGAGUUGAAGAGCUGACAGCAGAGAGAGAGACCCUUAGACGUGAGGCCGAGAAUACAGCACAGAAUCUAACGCGCUGUGAGUUCAGGCUGAGAGAGACAGACCAGGAACUGCAUAUGACUCGAAUGGAACUGGAUGAAGCCCGAAAGCUGUGCAGUAAAGAUGCAGAGGUUGAUAUUCCAGCUGCCCAAAGAAAGAGAUUCACCAGAGCAGAAAUGGCACGUGUGCUGAUGGAAAGGAACCAGUAUAAGGAGAAGCUGAUGGAACUGCAGGAAGCAGUACGCAGGACAGAAAUGCUCAGGGCUUCCAAAGAAGUUCAGGCCGUACAGAUGAAAAAAUCCUCUUUCUGGAAGGUAUUUGACAGAUUAUUUAGCUCCACUAGCCCACCGGGGAAAGCAGUAACGCCGCCACCAACUCCACCCUCCUCUCUGCACAGAGUGCGCUCUGCAUCCGCUGUGCACUCUGCUGGUCAGAUAAGCAGUCCUGUACGGAACCAGUCUGUCAAUUUUCGCAUACACAACACCUCACAUACAGAUGAUGAUGAUGCUGUACCACUGCGAAGCAAGAAGCAUGAACAUUACCGCCAGAUUCGCUCGCACAUCUGGAAGGAGUAUGGCAGAGCGCAAAUUCAUGGCUGGAGUGUUCCACCAAUUAUAGCAAACAAGGGGGAUGCUGAAGCAAAUAAUGAGAUCAAUGGCGUUCCAGUUUUAGUACAGCUGAGACUUUUGGAUCAAAAGGACCCAAGUACAAAACUCUGGUGUGCCGUAGGAGCACCUGCAAUCAACCCAGCAAGCAAAGAAAACAAAAAUGCUGCAUACCCCAGCUUAGUGUGGAUAUGCUCGGGUACACAUUCUGUUAGUGAAAUCAUGGUGAUCGAUGCUAACUCCUCAAACCAUGUCAUGGAUCAGUUUGUGAUUCCCAACACCCACGUCCUUUGUGUAACCAGCGUGCCAGCCUACAGGUUAGAAUGUUUAAAGGAGAAGGAAGCUUGUGAAGAGGAGGGGGGUCAUGACAGCGGCAUAGGUGCCACCAUGUGGCUAGGGACACAGGAAGGGAGUUUAUUUAUUCAUUCUGCUGUAUCUGCUUGGAGGAACUGCCUACAGAAAGUUCAGCUUAAAGAUGCCAUACACAGUAUUGUACCUACCAGUGACCGCGUAGUUGCAACUUUGGGUGAUGGCACACUUGCAAUAUUUAGUAGAAAUGCUGCUAGGAAUUGGGAUUUGGACAAUCCGAAAGUUGUAGACUUGGGUAGACCCCAGCUGUCCAUUCGUUGUUCUGUGUCUGUACGGGGAGAGGUGUGGUGCGGCUACAGGAAUCGGAUAUAUGUAGUAGAUCCGCGCACCGCCAAAAUUAAGCAAUGGUUUGAGGCAACGCCUCGCUCUGAAAGUCAAGUUCGACAUAUUGCAGCUGCAGGGGAUGGCGUGUGGGUGUCUGUCCGACUGGAUUCCAUUUUGCGUCUGUUCCACGCCCAAACAGGUCAACCCUUACAGGAGCUUGAACUGGAGCCAUUUAUACAAAGGAUGCUGGGUCCCGGCAGCUUUGGCAUGUCUAUGGCACAAGUCUCUGCACUGUCAGUGUUUUCUGGUCGGCUUUGGGUCGGGACUGCAUUUGGAGUAGUGGUCAGCAUUCCAUUCUGUAAAGAGGAAAUAAAUGAUAAAGAGCAAAGUUCCCACAACCAGAGGGCACCGUACUGUUCGGCGGAGUAUGCGCAAGUCUCUUUUCAUGGUCAUCGAGAUGCUGUCAGGUUCUUUGCAAGUGUUCCAGGUUGCAUCAACUCUUCAUUACCAGUAGGUGGCAGUGAAAGUGCAGGAAAUUCCACUAUGUUAGUGAUGAGUGGUGGAGAAGGAUACAUCAACUUCAAGAUUGGCGAUGAAACUGGAGACACAGAUGAGGCUUACGGCGAUCUCCUAACAACAAACCCUAGGUGCAGACGAUCGGAAAGAAGCCAUCUUAUUGUGUGGCAGACUUGAGGAUUGCAGAUGGAUUCAUCAUUUUGACUAAAAUUAUGACAGGAACUUGUUUUCUCCUGAGAAACUGGUUGUGGAUGUAUUUAAUUUGUUGCCCACAGACGAAGUGUAAUGUGGUUUGAAGACUCUGGGAUCUUCUCUGCUUACUUUGGUUACAAAGUAUUUUGCCUUAUUAUACAUUGCUGACAUUCUGGGUUGUGUGCAAUGCGAGUCUCUGAGAUUCAGUGACAUUUUGCUGUGGAUAUUAUUUAUCUGUCCCCGUCUCAUCGGAGGCUUCUUCAUCUCAUGGACACUAACAAUGCUGCAUUUAGUCAUUGUUUUCACUUUUUUGGUUGUUUUGC